AGAGAGCAGAGGGGUGAAGUCAGCGGCGCUCAAACUGCGGAGGUCUCGUUUGCCUGCGAGCCAGACAGGAGGUGUGUGACUGACAGCUAAAAGAACUACGAAACAUUUAAAUUCGAAAUUGAUUUUUCUUUUCUGUGUUGGUUCCGUGGUGGCUUUUCCUUUUCUUAUUCCUCAACUUUUCUUCGGCUGAUGCUGAGAUGAAGCAGAUUGCCUCCGCGCGCCUUGCGCAUUAAGGUGUCCACGCACCGUCCCGGCGCACGGCGCAUCCACAGUGAACCACGGAGAGAGGGGGAUACAUUUGGAGUUCUACAAAUGGAUGUAUAUCUCAAACUUGUUGAGAGUCCCAAUCAGUUGUAGCCAUUAAUUAUUUUUCCAUUUCCUUCUGACUAUUUUCUGAUGUUUUUUUGUGAUCUCCUCCUGCGCGCAACGGGUGAAAAUCGAGCUUUCUGAUGCGCAUGCUGUUUUCUGGAGGGGAUGCUCUUUAUCACAUCACGGAUAACGGAUCUCUGACUCGGUCGGGCUCUCUUGGCACAUAUGAAGACUCCCUCCAAAAUGAUCCAGAGUCAUCGGCCCAGGCAUCAUUGGGCCACUAUAUACCAUCACAUGUCACCACAUAGCUGGGGGUCGUGCUCUGUCUAGGAAAUAUCAAGCCUGCCUCGGAAUCUUAUCCAAUAAAGUGUUUCGGUGAACAUUGACAUUGGCUUUACGAGUCUCACCUCUGGGCUACUAUGCAAUUACAACUGAUCUCCUUUGUUUUGAUCAUCUUGCACUGCAUGGAUUACACUGGUUGUCAGCAGCACAGCAGCUCCAGGCACCGGCAACACAAGCAGAUCUCUGGUGUGAGCUCAGGGUGCCAGCAGGGUGGGUGUCUGACCUGCUCUGACUACAAUGGCUGCCUGUCCUGCAGGCCGCGCUUCUUCAUGCACCUUGAGAGGAUUGGGAUGAAGCAGAUCGGGGUGUGCAUGACUUCCUGUCCUCCGGGCUUUUACGGCACACGCUCCCCAGAGAGAAACACCUGCACAAAGUGCAGGUUGGAGUGCGACUCUUGCUUCAACAAGAACUUCUGCACACGCUGCCGAGCAGGAUUCUACCUUCACCUGGGCAAGUGCCAGGAGAACUGCCCCGAGGGGCUGGUCCGCAGUGACACGCAGAGGGAGUGUGUUCCCAAGUGCCCUGCUGAGUGUGAGUCAUGUGUGAACAGCGACACAUGUACACAGUGCCGGCCAGGCCUGUACCAGCUCAGUGGGAGGUGCCACCAUGUCUGUCCAGAGGACUACGAGCCCAAUGGCAAGCUCAUGGAGUGCACGCCACAAGUGCACUGCGAAGUGGGUGAGUGGAGCGAGUGGAGCCCCUGCUCUAAGUCCGGCAGAACCUGUGGCUUCAAGCGGGGCGAGGAGACCCGCACACGGCACGUCCUCCAGUACCCAUCACCCUUGGGUAAACCCUGCCCUGAGAUCUCGGAAAUCAAAGAGUGUCUGGUCAAGAGGAGGAAGUGUCCAGGAGCACGGAAGAAGAACGAGCGAAGAGAGCGGAGAAAUCGCAACAAUCGCAAAGAUAAGGAGAACCAGGAGGGGCGACGAGAGAGGAAGAGGGACAGGGAGCGAGAGAAGGAGAGACACCCAGGUGAACGUGAAGACUCUGAUAACAGGAACAAAACAGAGCACCGGCACCGCAGAGGCCACGACACGGCACCGGUCUCCCCCGAAGAAGGCCUUGUACAGUAGUGCUCUAAUGCCUCCCCACCUUCCUCCUGUUCCCCUCCCCAUUCUUCAUCCUGGCAAAAAGUCCCCCUCCCUCACCCACCGUUUGCCCACAUCGCCCCCUCUCUGCAGGGGUGUUGCUGCUACCUGUAUGAUUUGAAAAUACUGUUCGUGCACAAACGAGCUGGGGCACUUUCAGCCACAAGGCUUGGGCCACUCUGGACUUUAGAAAAAAGGUAUUUUUGUUUUUUUACCAUGUAGCCUCUGCUCCUUCACUUCCACCACUGCGAGGGACUCUCUAAUGGAAAGUGCAGGAGACACUGCUGCUGGGACUGAGAAGCGUCUGCGAUGGUGUGGAGGACUGGCAGACAGACGGACAGAGACAGAGACGUUACACUAUGUGCUUGUUGAUAUGGUUAUUUAAUGGGGCCCUGGUACAACUUUGCGCGUCUUGGUUUUUGAAUGUAGAUUUUGCAACAUUAUGUAGAACAAUUGUUUAUUAUUGUUGUUCCUGUUCAUUAGAUCUCUAUUUUAUUUGGUGCAUUGAAUUGGUUUGCUCUUGCCAUCUUGUGAUAUCUUUAUAAUCACUGCAAACAACAGAUGAGUAAAACAACUGAAAACCAUUAACAUGUGUUCUGUAUGUUUUGGACAAAAGCUAGUUUUAUCCAGAUAAGUGAUGAAUCUAAUCUACCACUGGUUUUUCUUUUUGUGUAUAUGGAGUCUGAGCUCUCAGUAAAACUCCUUGACUUGGAACCAAAAAGCACCUGUAUGUCAAAUAAAACUAUAAUGGGUUUGUA